AGCCAUUGUGGCUGAAGUAGUUGCAGCCCGGUGCAGUUUUGCAUAGGACCAUUCGCUUUGCUAUCGUGCGCUCGAUGGCUCGAGUCCGCGCCUUGUUCGGUAGCCUGGUUGGAGCUGCAUCGGUGCUGGUCGCCUCCGGUGCCGCAGGCGCAGUGAAGCUGGACAACUACACUUUCGACAAGGUGCUGGCUAUCCCCGGCCAUAAUUUUUUGGUCAAGUUUGACAAGUCUUACCCUUACGGCGAGCUCGAGGACGAGUUUAAGCUUUUGUGUAAGCUCGCGUACGGGGUUCCUCAGUUUAUGCCCGCGGAGGUGCCCAUCCAGGAGUACGGCGACAAAGAAAACGAGGACUUGCGGGAAAGAUUCGGCAUCAGCAAAGACGAUUUUCCCACCUACUACCUCUUCAAUGACGCUAACAAGAAAGGCUUGAAGCAUUCUGGCUCCAAGACGGCAGACCACAUUGCUCUUUGGUUGCGGAAAAACGGGGUUAAGAUGCCUUCCGUCGGCACGAUCGAUGAGUUGGACGCGUUGGCGCAGCAGUUUCUGAAGGGUGGCUUGAAGGACGAGACUAUCACGGCUGCGAAACAGCUCGCCGAAAGCCAGUUCCCCACCGACAAGAAGGCACCAACGUAUGCAAAAAUCAUGCAGAAGGUCAAGGACAAGGGCAUCGGCUAUAUCUCCAACGAGCUGGCGCGCGUGUCCAAGCUGAUGGAAGGUACGCUUACGCCCGAGAAGGCGGCCGAGAUGGGCGACAAGGUGAAGAUCCUGAAUGUCUUCAAGGAGCAUACUGGUAAGGAUGAGCUGUGAGUGCUGCCACGGCGACCCACGGCUUUUAGCUACAGUAGUUCGAUCGGAGCGUCCCCAGAGGUCCCAGGAGCUCUCUGGAUGUAUUCGGAGGUCCCUGGAGAUCUGCGGAGGUCCCUUGAGAUCUGCGGAUGUCUUUGGAGGUCUCCAGAGGUCCUUGGGUUUCCUGGAGGCUUCUGAAACCCAGAACGGGCUUGACGCGUCCCGAAAUGGCUCCCAAC